AUGAAAUACAUUAUUGGGUUUGAGAAGGAUACAAGAUUAAAACUUGAAAUUGGCGAAACAUAUGCUCUUCGAGAUGUAACAGUCACAAACGAUAAUAAGCUACUUAUCACUAAUACAUCAUCAUUCUAUCCCAAACUCUAUGUUUACAGAGACUGUGAAGAUUAUGAGACAGAGAUAAGAUUUUCCUCCGAACCUCAUGGUGUUGCUGUGAUACCUGGUACGGACAGAGCUGUUAUUACCUUACCUAACGAAAGAAAUCAUUCUAUGGCAUCAACUAGUUUAUGUGAUCCUUGUUCCGAAGCUGACAAGUCUUUAACAGCAACAAGGUAUUGCUCAGACUGUGAAGAAAGACUUUGUACAGACUGUGCAGAAUCACAUUGCAGAUUCAAAGCUUUUAAAUCUCACCAUGUUAUCGACCUGUCGUCCAUUGGAUCCAAUAUUCUUAUGUCCGCGAAGAAACACUGCAAUGUCCAUUCAGAAAUGAUAUUGGAUUAUUACUGCACAGAUCAUGAGAUCGUAUGCUGUAGAGCCUGCAUAUCUAAUGAACACAGGCUUUGUCAGAACGUACUCCCAUUGGAACUUGCCUCGAAAGAUGUUAGAAAAUCUGCACUGUUUAACGAUGUUAUGGAAGACAUCACGCAUCUUAUUACAACAUUGAAUGCUUUAGACAAUAACAGACAGUCAAACUUACAAUCAAUAGAGAAAUCAAAAUCAACAAUAACUAAGAAGAUCCGAGCAGUGAAAUCUAAAUUUUUGAAACAAAUUGAAGAUUUGGAGCGUGAAUUAACGACCACUUUGUCAUCUCUCCAACGAAAACAUGAAAUCGAAAUCAACAAACAAAAGCAAGAAAUAUCGCAAGUCUUGGUCAAUGUUAUAGAAAAUAAAAACGAGAUGGAUUUUUUGAGAGAUCAUGGAUCUAAGAAUCAGCUUUUUAUUUUCCUUCGCCAACAAGUAACAAAUAUUCAUAGCGCUGAGGCCAAGAUUCAGCAGAUAGUAUCCGAUUCACAAGAAUUCGAUAUUACCUUUGACGAAAAGAAAGAUGGUAAGCUUGAGUCUCUCGGGUCACUGUCAGAGUAUGUUCACCAAUGUCAAGUUCAAUACAAACCAAAGAAAUUUCAACAAGCCCAGAUAAAGGCGGAACCAAUGAAAAACAUUAUAGGGUUUGAGAAGGAUACAGUAUUAAAAUUUAAUACUGAUGUGGUAAAAAAUGUGUUUAGUGUAUCCGUGACAGAUAAUAAUAAGCUCCUCAUUACUAAUGCAGCAUCCUCCGAUCCCAAACUGUAUGUUUUCAGAGACUGUAAAGAUUAUAAGACAGAGAUAGAAUUUUCCUCCGCACCUUAUUGUGUUGCUGUGAUACCUGGUACCAACAGAGCUGUUAUAACCCUACCUGACGAGGGGUCUAUACAAUUCAGCAAUACUACAACGAUGACAAAGGACAACAAAGUUAAAGUCGGAUUUUGUUGUUGUGGUAUUGCUGCUGGACGGGACAGAAUUUACGUUGGUGGUACAGGUGCAUCCUCCGAUCCCAAACUGUAUGUUUUCAGAGACUGUAAAGAUUAUAAGACAGAGAUAGAAUUUUCCUCCGCACCUUAUUGUGUUGCUGUGAUACCUGGUACCAACAGAGCUGUUAUAACCCUACCUGACGAGGGGUCUAUACAAUUCAGCAAUACUACAACGAUGACAAAGGACAACAAAGUUAAAGUCGGAUUUUGUUGUUGUGGUAUUGCUGCUGGACGGGACAGAAUUUACGUUGGUGGUACAGGUGGUACUAUCAAAACAUUAGACCCCAAUGGGACAGUUCUAAAAACGAUUCAACAAGGAUCUAAUAAUAUUUUCUUCAUAGCAUACGAUGAUAUUCAUGAUCAUUUGAUUGUUAGUUGUGUUGGUAAACUCCUUUGUGUAAAAUUAGAUGGAACACUAGUUUACAGUAAGGACGUGUCAGGUACAGCAGGUGUAACACUUGAUCGACAGAAGAACAUCUAUUUUGGCGGUUUUGAGACCAACAACAUACAAAGAAUGUCAACAGAUGGAGAAAAUUGUGAAGAAAUGCUGAACCAAGACAAUGACAUUGACCAUCCAUAUGGAAUGUGUCUUAACAAUGACUUCACAAAAUUAUUUGUUAUUAAUAACUUUCUUGAGUCCGUAUCUGUAUUCAAUUGCAAGUAA